AUGAAGAAACUGCAGAACUCUGCAGACUCAACUCAGCAGUAUUCUGAGCAGGGCUCAGAUGUAGUCACUGUUCCUGAAAUCAAGCUCUCUCCAGGUUUCUCUCUGAAUGACCACACAGGGUCAUACACCACUGUAUUGGCUGGGGGAGGGGGCAGCGUUGCAAUGAUGAUGGGGGGGACAGAGGACAGACUGAAUGCAGACACACUGGCCGGCAGAAGGGAUGAUACCUCACUGCAAGGCACAGCAACUACCACUGUGGCUGCAAGAGAAGCAGGAGGAGAUAUGACAAUGAAAGCAGUGCUUCUGUGGCUCAUUGACAUCACCAUCUUCAACCUGGCUUUCUUGACAGCUAUGGAGGCUACAGCCACAUCAUGA